AUGAAGGAAAGAUUCAGCUCAGAUUCUGAAAGCGAGGCCUCAGUUAAGGACUAUCUCAGCGAUUCCGAUGACUUGGUGGCAGAAGAUUACUCGGAGUUUGGCGACGAUGCCGGCAAUUCGGGACCAGUUGCUGAACAUGCAUGCGCAUACUGUGGUAUUGACAAUACUUCCUGUGUUGUUAAGUGUAAUAACUGUAACAAGUGGUUUUGUAACUCGAAAAAUGGGACGAACACAUCGCAUAUUAUAAAUCACUUGGUUCUAUCUCAUCAUUCGACGGUUUCCCUACACGAGGACUCUGAGUUAGGGGACACGACUUUGGAGUGUUACAACUGUGGUAGGACCAAUGUUUUCGUUCUUGGGUUUGUUCCUGCGAAGAGUGAAGCCGUUGUCGUGCUAUUGUGCAGAUUGCCAUGCGCCAAGGUCAAGAAUGUGAACUGGGAUACCGACAACUGGCAACCACUUAUUGAGGAACGGAAGAUGCUCACCUGGGUUGCAGAAGAGCCAAGUGAAGAGGAUCAGCUUAAGGCUAGGAUGAUUACUCCCUCUCAAAUUACUAAGCUAGAGGCAAGAUGGAAAUCCAACAAAGAUGCAACCAUCAUGGACAUCGACAUGGUGGAACCAGACGAAGAAAUUCCUCCAACUUUGAUGAGAUACACCGAUGCUUACCAAUACCAGAGAUCGUUCGGCCCUCUAAUUCAGUUGGAAGCCGAUUACGAUAAACAGUUGAAGGAAUCGCAAGCCUUGGAGCACAUCUCUGUCACUUGGAAUUUGGCCCUAAAUAACAGGCAUUUAGCCACGUUCGCCUUAUCAACCUUUGAAUCAAACGAAUUAAAAGUUGCUGUCGGUGACGAAAUGAUCUUGAAGUACAGUGGACCGCAACACCCUGAAUGGAGCGGGAAAGGUUUUAUCAUUCAAUUACCAAAUAACUUUAAAGAUGAAUUCACAUUGGAAUUGAAGCCCAGUAACAAGCCUCCACCAAUUAAUUGCACGUCUGGAUUCACAGCAGUCUUUGUAUGGAGAGGUACUUCUUACAAGAGAAUGCAAGAGUCAUUGAGAAAAUUUGCCGUUACGAAAAAGUCCAUCUCUGGUUUCCUCUACUAUAAGAUUUUAGGGCAAGAGGUUCCUGAUGUGGAAUUCGAUGUUGCUUUGCCAAAGAACAUCUCCGUGCCUCACUUCACAGAACUUAAUCAGUCUCAAGUAAAUGCUGUGAAGCAUGUGUUACAAAGGCCUUUGUCUUUAAUCCAAGGUCCUCCAGGUACAGGUAAAACUGUCACAUCGGCAACAAUCGUUUACCACUUAUCCAAAAUUCAUCAACAAAGAGUCUUAGUGUGCGCUCCAUCUAAUGUUGCAGUCGAUCAUCUUGCUGCUAAACUCUAUAGUAUGGGUCUAAAAGUAGUACGACUAACGGCUAAAAGCAGGGAGGAUGUCGAAAGUUCUGUUUCUGAGUUGGCUUUACACAACCUCGUCAACAGAUCUGCAGAAGGCAAAUUGAAGAAGUUACUCAACUUAAAGGAAAAGACAGGUGAACUAUCAGCCCCAGAUACCGCAAAAUUUGUAAAAUUGGUUAGAAAGUCAGAAGCUGCUAUCAUACAGAAGGCAGAUGUCAUUUGUUGUACUUGUGUUGGUGCUGGCGAUAAGAGAUUAGACUAUAAGUUCCGUACAGUCCUUAUUGAUGAAAGUACUCAAGCUUCAGAGCCUGAAUGUUUGAUUCCUAUCGUUAAGGGAGCCAAACAGAUCGUGUUAGUCGGUGAUCAUCAGCAAUUAGGACCUGUUAUCUUAGAUAGAAAAGCGGGUGAUGCCGGUUUAAAACAAUCAUUAUUCGAAAGACUCAUUUCCUUGGGCCAUAUUCCAAUUAGAUUGGAAGUUCAAUAUAGAAUGAAUCCACACUUGAGUGAAUUCCCUAGUAAUAUGUUCUAUGAGGGAAGUUUACAAAACGGUGUUACUAUUGAACAGCGGACAGUUGCAAAGUCUACUUUCCCAUGGCCUAUCCAUACCAUACCUAUGAUGUUUUGGGCUAAUUAUGGUCGUGAAGAAAUAUCAGGAAACGGUACAUCUUAUUUGAAUAGAAUCGAAGCAAUGAAUUGUGAAAAGAUUAUAACCAGGUUGUUUAAGGAUGGUGUCAAACCAGAACAAAUCGGUGUGAUUACUCCAUAUGAAGGACAGAGGGCAUACGUUGUCCAAUAUAUGCAAAUGAACGGUUCAAUGGAUAAAUCAUUGUACGUUAAUGUCGAAGUUGCAUCUGUGGACGCUUUCCAAGGUAGAGAGAAGGAUUACAUUAUCUUAUCUUGUGUUCGUGCCAAUGAAAGAAACACCAUUGGUUUCUUGAGUGAUCCUCGUCGUUUGAAUGUUGCAUUAACUCGUGCAAAAUAUGGAUUGAUCAUUUUGGGUAAUCCAGGGGCUUUAUCACGUAAUAGCUUAUGGAGUCAUUUAUUACUUCAUUUCAGAGAGAAGGGGUGUUUAGUUGAAGGGUUUUUGGAUAACCUACAACUUUGUACAGUACAGUUAACCAAACCUUCAAGGGCUCCCAGAAAAGCAACAUCAGAAAAUUAUAACUAUUCCGAUUACAAUGGCGCCAAAGAUGUCGAUACCCAGAGCUUGAUGUCAUUUGGUGGUCAAAAUAACUCAGGUAAUGUAUUUGUGCCAAGUACAGAUCUUUCAUCAUUAUUAAACCAACAAUAUUGGAACGGUCAAUCUGUUGAUAUUACAAAAUCUACGUCUAGAAAACAGGAUAACAAUCACUAUGACAAAAAUUCAACUAAUUUCGAUGGUAGUCUAGCAAAUGGUUUACAAAAGUAUGACGGUAUUGGCUCUAAGUACCAAAAAGUCGAUGAAGAAGUUACUAUCCAAAAUAUCAAAAACUUAGACAUUAAUUGA